AUGUGCAGAUGCCACUUUUGGGUAAUGAUCAUCCGUACGUCGUGGCGUCCUUCCUUCGAAGAAUCUCAAUUUCAGUGUUACGUGAGAACAAUUGAAUUACGAUUAAGUUGCAUCGGCCUCCAUUUCCAAGCCCACAACAGAAUAUUUCUGGGUCCCAUUAUAUUAGAUACAUCCCACAUCGUGAAAACAUAUUUCGGGCUGCAGACUUGGUUGCUGUUGACGAUAACAUUUUGCCCCGGCGACUCGAGUCCACUUGACUCGAUUGUCAAGACGUAGAGAGACGGAAGACGAGGAGACCUUGCAGGCAUGGAUUAGGUAGAUCUCGGAUCGACAAGAUCUCCGAGUACGUGCUCUACUAACAGACAAUGAGAAUUCUUAGCUUGCAGUGUUCGACAAAUGUGGUUCGUAGGGAGGACGAAUCGGGAGACGCACACCUACCGAGGCGAGUGUGUACAGUUCGGUAGAGGAGUGAGUCCGUAAGGCUGAGAGCCCGAGGCGAUGGAGAAAGAUGGGUCUCGGCGUCUUGCCAUGGGGAAGGGAGGGACGAGAGCUAGUGGAGUGAUGGCAGAGUGAGUUCACAA